AUGGCCUCUACAGGGAAGGAGGAAGCUCCUCCACUAUUCGACGCUUCCCUUUUGGGUCUUGACGAUGAUAUGACGGAUGCUGGAGGGUCCAAUACUCUGAUAAUAGAGUCUAAUAAGUCCAACAAAGGGAAGGUCAGUAAGGAAACAGCAGCUCCUAAAGAGAAGAUGAGUAAACGUAAACGGAAGAGACUGAUAGAGCUACAAGAAAGGGCCGCACGAGAGGCCAAGAGGUUGGCAGUGCUGGAUGAGCUGAAGUCUCAUCAGUUGUCCAGUGCCGAGAAGGCCAAGAUGCACGCAGUUGCAGACACUGGGGUUCGGCGGAAGCGUCGAGAGGAGAGUAUUGGCCUUGCAAAACUGGAGAAGAAAAAACAGAAGUUGGCGGAGUUAGCAGAGCUCAGUGAUGGUGAUGUGGAAGGCCCUCGGAGCUCUAAGGAAGUCCGAGGUGUUCCGAAGAAGGCUGUUACGAUGACUGCGGAGAGAACGGCGGUGCCGGCAACGGGCAGGCUGAAAGCGGCUCUGGCUCCGGUCAAGUCUAAGAAGGCAGUUCAUCGGUCGCUCGAAAUCGAAAAGCAACGCGCUCAUUUGCCUGCGGUGAUGAUGGAGACGGAGAUAGUCGACUGUGUGAUGAACGCUGAGGAGGGCGUGAGUAUAGUAUGUGGUGACACGGGCUGCGGCAAAAGUACACAGGUCCCACAGUUCAUCUAUGAAACUGGCGUGACGAAGCACUAUGGUAAACUGAUAGGGAUGACUCAGCCGAGGAGGGUGGCGGCGACUUCUGUUGCACGUCGAAUUGCAGAGGAGCUUGGCCCAGAUCAGGACGGGACAGUGGGGUAUCAAGUUCGAUAUGAUAAGUCAAUGUCGCCUGAUAAGAUGCAGUUGAAGGUCAUGACUGAUGGAAUCCUCAUGCGGGAGAUACAGACAGAUUUCCUCCUUACUAAGUACUGUGUGAUCAUUAUCGAUGAAGCUCAUGAGAGGUCUAUAAACUGCGAUAUCCUNNNNGUCCAGAUAGAUGCACGGACUCAUCCGGUGACGGUCCACUUCGAGAGAAGGACGGAACAGGAAUAUGUGAAGGCAGCGAUACGAAAAGUGCGAUUGAUUAACGCCAAGUUGCCUAGAGGAUCGAUAUUGGUGUUCGUAACUGGCAAGUCUGAGAUCUACGAGAUGUGCGAGGCGUUGGGAGCCAAGCCUCGAAGGAAGAAGGAAGCACACAAUCAGUACAUUGACAGUGAUCAGGAAGAUGAGGAUUCGGACGACGAUGAGGAGGAAGCUCCUGUCACGGAGUCCUCGUCAACUCCCGAGACCCCCGUAGAGAACGCACGUACGGAGGAGACUCUUUCGCCUGCAGCAUUCAAGCUGUCGGAGUCUGAGCAGGUCGAACAGAUCAUACUGGAGAAAGGUUGUAAGAAGGCCUCCAGUGGUAGCGGCCACAAGGGCGGUUCGGCGGCCUUCACUGGUGCAGCAUUCGGAUCUGGUCGGCUGGUCCCGAUACCACUCUAUGCGCAAAUGUCAACGACCAAACAAGCGGAAGCCUUUAGGACCCCGGCUGAGGACGAGCGUUUUGUCAUCAUAGCGACCAACGUGGCAGAGACCGCUCUCACUUUGCCGAAUAUCCGAUACGUCGUGGACACUGGACGGGAGAAGAAGCGAGUGUAUCGUAACGAUGGGGUGUCUGUGUUCAAGGUGGGCUUCUGUGCCUCGAGUUCCGCAGAUCAGCGCGCCGGUCGAGCAGGUCGUGUUGGCCCUGGUCACUGCUAUAGACUGUACUCCGGAGCUGUUUAUGGUGAUACCAUGUCGGACUUCCCCGUACCAGAGAUAGCUAGUGGUCAGCCUCUGGACGAUACAGUGUUGAUGAUGGCCAAGAUGGGCAUCCCUCGGUUCCGACAUUUCCCAUGGCCAACGCCUCCGCCUGUGGCAGCGGUAGUGCAUGCUGUUACAACUCUAUCGGAGUUGGGUGCAGUUCGGCGUAUCGGUAUUAGCAGUGAUGAGGUCACCAUAACAAAAACAGGCGAAGCGAUAUCUAACUUCCCUGUGGCACCUCGUCAUGGGUGUAUGCUGGUUCAUGCUGGUAGGCUCAGAGAGGCCAACAACACUGAGUGGAGGGACGUCCUUGUGAUGGUAGUGUGUGUAGUAGCCGCCCUAACUGUGGGGGAUUUGUUCAUACCCCCGCCUCAAGAAAAGAAGGACGAGAAGGUGACUCCUGUAGGCAAGCAAGUUACCUGGGUGGAGCAAAUGCAGUUCGGAUAUCGAGGCACUACUGUGGUCCGUGGGUGGCUUUAUGUGGACUAA